AUGCGUCAGCCCGGCUGUAUCCUCGAUAAUGCGAUGACCCUGUCCGCCUCUGGAAAUCUCGCCAUCGCAGCAGCAGGUCUGCGAAAAGACUACGCCGACCGCGCGGUGUUGCGCGGCGUUGAUCUCAGCAUCGGUUGGGGAGAAGUCGUCGCUCUGUUCGGCGCCAACGGAGUCGGUAAAACCACCCUGUUACGCAUCCUCGCCGGACUGUCCAGACCAGAUGCCGGCUCCGUCCGCAUCGCCGGCCGCCGCCUGAACGGUCGCGGCGAAUCAGCCCGGCGUCUGGUCGGUUUUGUAGGCCAUCAAACCAUGCUGUACAACGACCUUACCUGCCGCGAAAAUUUGCAUUUCUACGCCCGCCUCUACGGCCUCAAUAGUCCCCAACACCGGAUCGGCACUACACUGGACCGGGUCGGCCUGCUCAACCGGGCCGACCGCCGCGUUCGCACCCUCUCCCACGGCAUGCAAAAGCGACUCUCCGUCGCCCGCGCCAUCCUCCACGAGCCGGCCAUCCUCCUGAUGGACGAACCCGAAUCCGGCCUCGAUGCCGCAUCCGUCGCAACGUUGGGCGCUCUAUUGCAAGACUGGGUAGAAUCGGGGAAAACAGUGCUGCUCACUACCCACAACGAGGGAUCGGCUCGAUUGGUCCAACCGGGCGGUGGCGCUGGCGGCUGGUCGGACGUGCGCCUCGAACUCCGUUCCCGCGACAUCAUCGCUUCCGCUCUGAUUUUCGGGUUGAUCGUGGUGGUGGUGUUCAAUUUCGGAUUGAACCGCAGUCCGGGCAGCCUCGCGCCCGUAGCACCCGGGCUGCUGUGGGUCGCCUACGCGUUCAUAGGUGUGCUGGCCAUGAGCCGCGCCUUCUCCCGCGAGCUGGAGCAGGGCGGCCUGGACGGGUUGCUGUCAUCGCCCAUCAGUCGCGACGCCAUCUUUCUGGGCAAAGCUCUCGCCAGCCUGGUGUUCAUGCUGGUCAUCGAGGCCGUGCUGUUGCCGGUAUUCGCCGUGAUGCUGGGUUUGCCUACCCUGUCGCCCAUCCUGGCGCUGGUCAUAUUGCUGGCGACGAUAGGAUUCGCCACGGUGGGCACCUUUUUCGCCGGCAUCGCAGUUCAAACCCGGUCCCGCGAAACCCUGCUGCCGCUGCUCUUCUUCCCGGUGGUAGUUCCGGUCAUCAUCGGCGCGGUGGAGGCUUCCGCACUGGUUCUGCAAGGCGGUCCACUGUGGCCGGUGUGGAGUCGUUGGGUGCCCCUCCUCGUGGUAUUCGACGCCGUGUAUCUGGUAAUAUGUCCGUGGAUAUUUGGUUUUGUGUUCGAGGGAUAA